AUUUCGGUUCCUCUCCUUCCGGUAAAUGGUGGAAGUGCGUUGAAUGUCUCACAGAAUAAGAGAAAGAUGUGCAGUUUAGUGGAUUCUUUUAUCGGAUUUCAGUCUUUUGUAAUGGCCAUUAGAAAAUCCAUUCCGUAAUGAAACUGAUCAACAAAAACGUUGACAAAGAUGGAGGAGGGCGUGUCACCCUUAUGCCAGAAGAGUCGGAGGAUAUUUGGCAUGCAUACAACCUCAUCAGUGAAGGGGAUUGUGUUAGAGCCUCCACAAUAAGAAAAGUGCAAAACGAAUCAUCUACAGGUUCAUCAACAAGUAACCGAAUUCGUACAACAUUGACAAUUCGCAUUGAAAAUAUUGACUUUGAUACACAAGCAUGUGUGCUUCGAUUGAAGGGGCGAAACAUAGCAGAAAAUCAGUAUGUCAAGAUGGGGGCAUACCACACCUUGGACCUGGAAGUGAAUCGUAAAUUUACACUAACUAAAUCAGAAUGGGAUUCUGUUGCAUUAGAGCGAGUAGAUACAGCAUGUGAUCCUACACAGCAUGCAGAUGUUGCCGCAGUGGUGAUGCAAGAAGGAUUAGCUCAUAUAUGUCUGAUUACAUCUAGCAUGACUUUGGUACGAGCAAAAAUUGAUCAGUGCAUUCCACGCAAAAGGAAAGGCAAUGUACAGCAACAUGAGAAGGGUUUACAGCGAUAUUUUGAGAAUGUCAUGCAAGGAAUUCUCCGACAUGUGAACUUCGAUAUAGUGAAAUGUGUCCUUAUUGCCAGUCCUGGCUUUGUACGUGACCAGUUCUAUGAGUACAUGUUUCAGCAGGCUGUAAAGUUGGACAACAAAGUAUUGCUAGAGAAUAAGAGCAAAUUCAUGCUGAUCCAUUCCUCCAGUGGAUUCAAACAUUCACUCAGAGAAGUUCUGACAGAUCCCUCAGUGGUAGCAAAAAUGGCAGACACCAAAGCAGCCAGUGAAGUUCGGGCUUUAGAGUCGUUCUACACCAUGUUGCAGACCGAGCCUGCCAAAGCAUUUUAUGGAACGAAACACGUCGAAUGCGCUAAUGAAGCUCAGGCAAUUGAAACACUACUCAUAUCAGAUAAUCUCUUCCGAAUUCAAGAUGUGAAGCUUCGGAAACGGUAUGUGGCCCUGGUAGAUAGUGUUCGUGAGUGUGGCGGAGAUGUAAGGAUAUUCUCAAGUAUGCAUGUCUCUGGAGAACAGCUUGAUCAGUUGACAGGAGUGGCGGCAAUUUUACGCUUCCCAAUGCCUGAAUUAGAAGAUGAAGAGGACAGUGACCAUGUAAACUGAAACUCCAAAGUGUACUUCAUAUGUAUGAAGAUAUAUUUAUUUUGUGUGAACACAUAUGCAAAGAUAUAUUUUGUUUAAAUGAUUUUACUAUGUUUAAUUUAUGAUUUGGCCAACAGGUUUCUGUGUACAUUGUUUCAGCUAAAUUAUUGUGCAGUGACACAUUUGUAAUUUAUAACGAUUUCCUUGUUCUGUUCCAUCUUUGUUUCCCUGUCUUUCAUUUGUGGUUGUUGACUGUACGAAGUGAUCAUCUUUGAUGCCAUGGAUGGAAAACUUUAACUGUUAGUACUCAUAAAAUUAUAAAAUUUGAAAACCCA